CGUGACAACCAACAUGCAUGUGAUUGUACUGCAGGAAUAUACAGGAAGUACUUGCGAAACAGAUAUAGAUGAAUGUUUGUCGCUUCCUUGUAAGAAUAAUGGCACGUGUGUUGAUGUUGUCAACGGAUAUAUUUGCAAUUGCUCUGCUGGAUAUGAAGGCCAAAGCUGCGAAACUGAUAUAGACGAUUGUGCAGAAGACCCAUGCGGGACUAGAGGUGAGUGUGUGGAUAAAGUGAAUGGAUUCAGUUGCAACUGUAGACAAGGUUACACUGGUGAUGUUUGUGAAACAGAUAUCAAUGAUUGUGUACCAUACCCGUGUCAACAUAAUGGUACUUGUGUAGACUUUGUCAAUUUCUAUACAUGUACAUGCGCAGAUGGCUAUAAUGGAAGUCAUUGUGAAAUAGAUAUAAAUGAGUGUGAAUCCAGUCCCUGUCAGAAUGAAGCCGAAUGUAAAGAUGAUGUCAAUCAAUAUUCAUGCACGUGUAAACCUGGGUACAUCGGGACCCACUGUGAAACAAACAUAGAUGAAUGUCAAUCCAAUCCGUGUCAGAAUGAAGCCAAAUGCAUCGAUGAAGUCAAUCAAUAUUCAUGUUCGUGCAAAGAUGGAUACACGGGUAGCCAUUGUGAAACAAAAAUAGACGAAUGUCAAUCGAGUCCAUGUCAGAACGGAGCUGAUUGUACUGACAAAGUGAAUGAAUAUUCAUGUACGUGUAAAGAUGGCUACACCGGGACCCAUUGUGAAACAAAUAUAAACGAAUGUCUAUCGAACCCGUGUCAGAAUGAAGCCGAAUGCGUGGACGAGGUCAAUCAGUAUUCAUGCACAUGUAAAGCUGGCUACACAGGCAUUCAUUGUGAAACAAAUGUUAAUGAGUGUCAAUCGAGUCCUUGUCAGAAUAAUGCUCAGUGCGUGGAUGAAGUAAACCAAUAUUCAUGUACGUGUAACGCAGGCUACACUGGAACACAUUGUGAAACAGAUAUAGACGAGUGUCAAUCGAAUCCAUGUCAGAAUGAAGCCGAAUGUAGAAACGAGGUCAAUCAAUAUUCAUGUUCGUGUAAAGAUGGCUACACCGGAACCAACUGUGAAACAAACAUAGAUGAAUGUCAAUCAAACCCGUGUCAAAAUGAAGCACAAUGCAUUGAUGACGUCAAUCAAUAUUCAUGUUCGUGCAAAGAUGGAUACACGGGCAUCCAUUGUGAAACAACUGCUUUCACGAGUACCCAUUGUGAAACAGAUAUAAAUGAAUGUCAAUCCAACCCAUGUCAGAACGAAGCCGAAUGCAUCGAUGAAGUUAACCAAUAUUCAUGUACGUGUAAAGAUGGAUACACAGGCGUCCGUUGUGAAACAGAAAUGAAUGAGUGCCAAUCCGACCCGUGUAAGAACGACGCCGAGUGUGUUGACGAAGUCAAUCAGUAUACAUGUAUUUGUAAAGACGGCUACACAGGUUCCCAUUGUGAAACAGAUAUAAAUGAGUGUGAAUCGAACCCUUGUUUGAACGAAGCCAAGUGUAUAGAUGGUAUCAAUCAAUAUUCAUGCACGUGUAAAGAUGGUUACGAGGGAUAUCAUUGUGAAACAGAUAUAAACGAGUGCCAAUCAAAUCCCUGCCAGAAUGAAGCCGAAUGUAAAGAUGACGUGAAUCAAUAUUCGUGUACUUGUAAAGAAGGCUACACGGGCACACAUUGUGAAAUAGACAUAGAUGAGUGUAAAUCCAGCCCAUGCCAAAAUGAUGCACUUUGCAUAGAUGGUGUCAAUCAAUAUUCAUGUACGUGUCAAGAUGGCUUUUCUGGCAUCCAUUGCGAGACAAAUAUAGAUGAGUGCGAAUCUAACCCGUGUCAAAAUGACGCCGAAUGUGUAGAUCAAGUCAACCAAUAUUCAUGCUCGUGUAAAUAUGGCUAUAUGGGUGACCAUUGUGAAACAGAUAUUAAUGAUUGUCACUCCAAUCCGUGUCGUAACGGAGGCAAAUGCAUUGAUGAUGUCAAUAAAUAUUCAUGCGGUUGUCCAGAUGGCUACACGGGCGUCCAUUGUGAAACAGAUAUAAAUGAGUGUCUGUCCAAUCCGUGUAAGAACGAGGUAAAGUGCAUCGACGAAGUCAAUCUUUAUCAAUGUACUUGUAAAGAUGGCUUCACAGGCAUUCAUUGUGAAACAGACAUUGACGAAUGUAUAUCCAACCCGUGCUACAAUGAUGCUGAAUGUAUUGAUGAAGUCAAUGGAUACACUUGUACGUGCAGUAAUGGAUAUGAAGGAAUUGACUGUAAAAUAGAAAUAGAUGAAUGUCAAUCCAAUCCGUGUCAAAAUGGAGCUGAAUGUAUCGAUAAAAUUAAUAGCUACAGUUGUACUUGUAAAGAUGGAUACAAAGGCAGCUUUUGUGAAAUAGAUAUUGACGAAUGUUUACCAGAUCCAUGUCGUCAUGGAGGCACGUGCGUUGAUCUUAUGAACGAGUACCAGUGUAAAUGUGUAGAUGGCUACAACGGAACCAACUGUGAAACUGUGAAUGCGAAUCUAGUCCGUGUCAGAAUGGAGCUGAAUGCGGCCGACAAUGUUGAUAGCUAUAUUUGUACGUGUAAAGAUGGAUACGAAGGCAUUAAUUGUGAAAUAGACAUUGAUGAAUGUUUACUAGAUCCAUGUCGUCAUGGAGGCACGUGCGUUGAUCUUGUGAACGAGUACCAGUGUAAAUGUGUAGAUGGCUACACCGGAACCAACUGUGAAACUGAAUUAAAUGAAUGUGAAUCUAGUCCGUGUCAGAAUGGAGCUGAAUGCGGCGACAAUGUUGAUAGCUAUAUUUGUACGUGUAAAGAUGGAUACGAAGGCAUUAAUUGUGAAAUAGACAUUGAUGAAUGUUUACCAGAUCCAUGUCGUCAUGGAGGCACGUGCGUUGAUCUUGUGAACGAGUACCAGUGUAAAUGUGUAGAUGGCUACACCGGAACCAACUGUGAAACUGGAAUAAAUGAAUGCGAAUCUAGUCCGUGUCAGAAUGGAGCUGAAUGCGUCGACAAUGUUGAUAGCUUUCUUUGUACGUGUACAGAUGGAUACGAAGGCAUUAAUUGUGAAAUAGACAUUGAUGAAUGUUUACCAGAUCCAUGUCGUCAUGGAGGCACGUGCGUUGAUCUUGUGAACGAGUACCAGUGUAAAUGUGUAGAUGGCUACACCGGAACCAUCUGUGAAACUGAAAUAAAUGAAUGUGAAUCUAGUCCGUGUAAGAAUGGAGCUGAAUGCGUCGACAAUGUUGAUAGCUAUAUUUGUACGUGUAAAGAUGGAUACGAAGGCAUUAAUUGUGAAAUAGACAUUGACGAAUGUUCAGCAGAUCCAUGUCGUCACGGAGGCACGUGCGUUGAUCUUUUGAACCAUUAUGAGUGUAAAUGUGUGAACGGCUAUAAUGGAAACAACUGUGAAACUGAAAUAAAUGAAUGUGACUCUAAUCCGUGUCGGAAUGAAGCUGAAUGUGUCGACAAAAUUGAUAUGUACAGUUGUACAUGUAAAGAUGGAUACGAAGGCAUCAACUGUGAAAUAGACAUUGAUGAAUGUUCAACAGAUCCAUGUCGUCAUGGAGGCACGUGCGUUGAUCUUGUAAACCGUUACGAGUGUAAAUGUGUGAAUGGUUAUAACGGAAACAACUGUGAAAUUGAAAUAAAUGAAUGUGAAUCUAGUCCAUGUCAGAAUGGAGCUGAAUGCAUUGACGAAAUUGAUAUGUAUAGUUGUAAGUGUAAAGAUGGAUAUGAAGGCAUCAAUUGUGAAAUAGACAUUGACGAAUGUUCAUCAAAUCCAUGUCGUCAUGGAGGCACGUGCGUUGAUCUUGUAAACCGUUACGAGUGUAAAUGUGUAAGUGGCUACAGCGGAAACAACUGUGAAAAUGAAAUAAAUGAAUGUGAAUCUAAUUCGUGCCAGAAUGGAGCUGAAUGCAUCGACGAAGUUGAUAAGUAUAGUUGUAAGUGUAAAGAUGGAUACAAAGGCAUAAAUUGUGAAAUAGACAUUGACGAAUGUGUGACCAAUCCUUGUCGUCAUGAAGGCACGUGUAUUGAUCUUGUGAACAAUUACGAGUGUACAUGCGAAGAUGGCUACACCGGAACCAACUGUGAAAUUGAUGUGAAUGAAUGUCAAUCAAGCCCAUGUCAAAAUAACGCCGAAUGUGUUGAUGACGUCAAUAGGUACACAUGCACGUGUAAAGAUGGUUACGAAGGCGUCCAUUGUGAAUCUGAAAUAGAUGAAUGUUCAUCUAACCCGUGCAAACAUGAAGGCACGUGCAUAGAUCUCGUGAAUGGUUAUGAAUGUAAAUGUCUAGGUGGAUAUAGUGGAAUAACCUGUGAAACCGAUGUGAAUGAAUGUCAAUCAAGCCCAUGUCAAAAUAACGCCGAAUGUGUUGAUGACGUAAAUAGGUACACUUGCACGUGUAAAGAAGGUUACGAAGGUGUCCAUUGUGAAUCUGAUAUAGAUGAAUGUCAAUCCAGCCCUUGUCAGAAUGAUGCCGAAUGUAUUGAUGAAGUCAACGGAUACACUUGUAGGUGCAUAGCUGGAUACGAAGGCAUCAAUUGUGAGACAGUUACGAAUGUUCCAAUAAGAAGGAAAUCUAUGCAGUUUGUAUUCCAAAUGGACGUCACUGACAUUGAUCUUUCUAGUGCUGACAUUCUAGCAAGUGUUUCAGGGGAGAUAUCCCAGUACUUUAAAGAUAGUGUUGGUGAAUCAUUCAGGCGUAUAAUGGAUAUUCUACUAAGCCCUGGAAGCCUGGUCGCAGACUUUGUAGCAGAGUAUGAAGAUAACGAAGUAACUGCUAGUGACUUCACCAAAGCUAACGUUGAUUUAAUCACUGGUGAAAAGACAAUAAAACUCCUAAAUCAAUCGAUGUCUCCAUCAACUAUAAAAGUAGGCGACAAGAAAGUUGCGUCCGAGACUGGUCCGACGGAAACUAUCAUCUGUGAAAUAUUUCUUGAGGUCAAUGGAGAAUGUCCUGCAGAAGAACAUUGUGUUGUGGAGACAAGAAUACCUGCAUGCGUAAAAGAGGACCAACACUUUGGACUGACAUUUGUGGUCGUGGUGAUAGUUUGUGUUUUUGCCGCU